AGUCCUGCGCCGGACCAAGAGCCAGUGGUCAGCAGACCAUCAGACCAAGAGCCAGCGGUCAGCAGACCAUCAGACCAAGAGCCAGCGGUCAGAAGACCAUCAGACCAAGAGCCAGCGGUGAGCAGACCAUUAGACCAAGAGCCAGCGGUGAGCAGACCAUCAGACCAAGAGCCAGCGGUCAGCAGACCAUCAGACCAAGAGCCAGCGGUGAGCAGACCAUCAGACCAAGAGCCAGAGGUGAGCAGACCAUCAGACCAAGAGCCAGCGGUCAGCAGACCAUCAGACCAAGAGCCAGCGGUCAGAAGACCUCCAGACCAAGAGCCAGCGGUCAGCAGACCAUCAGACCAAGAGCCAGCGGUGAGCAGACCAUUAGACCAAGAGCCAGCGGUGAGCAGACCAUCAGACCAAGAGCCAGCGGUCAGCAGACCAUCAGACCAAGAGCCAGCGGUCAGAAGACCAUCAGACCAAGAGCCAGCGGUCAGCAGACCAUCAGACCAAGAGCCAGCGGUCAGCAGACCAUCAGACCAAGAGCCAGCGGUCAGCAGACCAUCAGACCAAGAGCCAGCGGUCAGAAGACCAUCAGACCAAGAGCCAGCGGUGAGCAGACCAUCAGACCAAGAGCCAGCGGUCAGAAGACCAUCAGACCAAGAGCCAGCGGUCAGCAGACCUCCAGACCAAGAGCCAGCGGUCAGCAGACCAUCAGACCAAGAGCCAGCGGUCAGCAGACCAUCAGACCAAGAGCCAGCGGUCAGCAGACGACACCGACGGUGAAAUACGCCAUCUGA